AUGUCUUCAUUGAAUGCGCAAGCGAUUUUCUCUCAAACUUCAAAACAAAGAUCAAUUUAUCUCAUAACCUAUAGCCAAUGUGGUGAUUCGGGUUUAGAUAGACAAGAAUUUGCCAAAUUAAUAGUGAAUGCGUGGAAUGAAUGCUGCCGCUCAAAUAUAAUGCAGUGGGUAGUAAGUGAAGAAAUGCACGAGGACGGUGGCAAGCAUUUUCAUAUGGCAGUCAAACUCGACAAAAAAACAAGAUGGCUCGCGGUCAGGAAUUUCAUUGAUAGCCAACAUGGUAUCAAAGUGAACUUUUCAGAUAAACACGAAAAUAACUUUACUGCGUAUACGUACGUAGUCAAAGAGGACGCAGAUUAUGUCUUAUCUGAGAAUCACCCAGACCUCGCUAAUGCCACGGCACCUCAAACGACAAAUGCAACUCAAAAACGUAAGACGAAAUCUAAGAAACAAGUUGCUAGUAAAAAGAAAAGGAAACGCUUGGCAGUUUACGACGUGGUUCGGAUAAUCCAGCCGAAAGGCAUAAAGUCUCGGGUAGAGCUUAUAGCUCUAGCAAGCAAGUGGCAAGAACAGGGGAAAACAGAUCUGGCAGAAUUUGUUUGCAAUCGAGGACCAAGAGUUGUGAACGAAGCCCUAGAUGCAUCUACACUUCAACAUAUCAAUGGUGGUAUUCCACAAGGUACUAAGCUUGGCCCGAUCCUCUUUGCCGUAAUGGUGAAUGAACUUUUGUCUGCGUGGGACCCCCGUGCUAAGUUCGUUGAUGAUCUUACCGCUUUGGAAAUUGUACCUAGAAAUUCCCCUUCCUUGAUGAAUCAUAUCGUGGCAGAUAUACACUCGUUGGCUGAAGUGAACAAUAUGAAGCUGAAUCCUGCCAAGUGUAAAGAUAUGAUUGUUAACUUUCUUCAUUUCAAUACUAGUGUUUUUCAACCCAUCACUGUCAUUGGUGCAACACGCGUGGAAUCUGUUUCAUCAUUUAAACUGCUCGGAGUAUAUGUUACCAGUGAGUUAACAUGGUCUGUGCAUUGUGAAUACAUUAUUAAGAAAUCCAAUAGGCGUUUAUAUGCGUUGAGGAAGCUUAAGAGGAGUGAGGUAGCCCCAACAGACAUCCUAUGUGUUUAUUGUGCAAUUAUAAGAUCAGUAUUGGAAUAUUCUUUUGUCGUUUUCGCUAACCUUCCUCAAAAUCUUAGCGACGAUCUUGAAAGGGUCCAGAAACGAGCACUGGCCAUAAUAUACCCUAACUGUUCCUAUGAUGAUUCCCUAAAACUAGCUGGUAUCGAACCGCUUGUCUUACGGAGGGACGCCACCUGUAAGAGAUUUGUGGAGACAAUCCUACCUGGAAACCCACUCUAUCCAAUUGUUCAUAGCCGGUCAGCACCAGUGAACCAUGGUUAUAAACUUAGAUCUGACAAUGUUGCGAGGAAUAUCAGGAUGCGAACAGACCGGUUUCAGAAAUUCGUUACCGUUAAGUAUGCGACCUGA